GAGAUAACGAAAUAAACACAAAUGCAAAGUCAUUCCACAUACCUGUCAUUGCGAGUAUUUUACUCAUUCUUAUAAUUUUAAAUCAAUAAAAUGGAAAAUACUGGAAAAUUAUCUGGAAAAACUUUAUUCAUAACCGGUGCGAGUCGCGGAAUUGGUUUAGCAAUCGCAUUAAAAGCAGCAAAAGACGGUGCAAACAUAGUUUUAGCCGCAAAAACGGCCGAACCCCAUCCGAAACUCCCCGGAACAAUUUACACGGCAGCUGCAGAGGUUGAAAAAGCCGGAGGUAAAGCUCUACCGUGUAUCGUCGACGUACGAGAUGAAAAACAAAUACAAGAAGCCGUAAAAAAAGCUGUAGAAAAAUUCGGCGGAAUUGAUAUUGUUGUUAAUAACGCUUCCGCAAUUUCAAUGACUGGAACUUUAGAUACCGAAAUGAAGCGUUACGAUUUGAUGCAUAACAUUAAUACGAGAGGAACAUUUUUAGUAUCUAAAGAAUGUAUUCCUUAUUUACGAAAAAGUUCUCAUCCGCACAUUUUAAAUAUUUCUCCCCCGCUUAAUAUGCAUCCCGGAUGGUUUUCGAAAAACGUUGCUUAUACGAUGGCUAAAUAUGGGAUGUCUAUGUGCGUUUUGGGAAUGAGCGAAGAAUUAGAACCGUUUGGAAUUGGUGUUAAUGCGUUGUGGCCAAAAACGGCGGUGGGUACAGCAGCUACUAAUAUGUUGGGUGGAGAUAUAAUGAUAAAUCAAUCAAGAAAACCUGAAAUUAUGGCUGAUGCUGCCUAUGCAAUUUUAACAUCUGAUCCAAAAACAACAACAGGAAACUUCUUUAUUGACGAUGAAUUACUACUUAAAAAAGGAGUAACAAAUUUUGAUCAAUACUGUUUUAAUCCAGAAAUGAAAAAUGAAUUGUUUAUGGAUUUAUUUGUUGGUGAACCCCCAAUGGAUGGAAUAGCAACAUGUACAUCAGAUCCCAGACAAUCUCCAAUGUAUUCAAAAUUAUUAUUAAAUAAAUUAUAAAUAAAUUAAAAUAUUAAGAUAUA